AUGGGCAAACGCGAACGGUCAACUUUAUUACCAAAUAAUAUUCCACAACUACAAAAUCUUAUCAAACGUGAUCCACUUUCAUAUAAAGAAGAUUUUUUACAACAAUAUAGACAUUAUGAGUCUCAAUUAACCAUUCUUCAGCUGAAACCAGAUGAAGAAGUAGAAGAAUUCGGAAAUUUGGUUACUUUUAUUUCACAGAGGCUAAAAAAUAAAAAAGAAAAUUUUAAUUUUUCCACAUUACAUUUAUUAAAUGAUCCUCAAGGAUUCAGCGAAAAAUUAUCAUCACUUCAAAAAUCGUCAAAUAAUGAUAGAUUUGAAGUCAAAUUAAUGACAAUGAAUCUUAUAUCACGUACAGCUGAACAAAUUGAAGGCAUAGAAUUAUUAGAAGAAUAUAAGAAACAACAAAUGCAGGAGUAG